CCUGGUACAAAAUUUGGUGCUUGUAAGCUCUUUUUUUUGAAUGCCCUAAAACCUUAAGUUUUCUUGUUUGUUAACAGCAAGAUCGCGUCUCUUGCCGUCUUCAGUUAAAGAAUCAUCUGCUAGCACACGAUCUCUAGGACCCAAAUCACGACCAUAUGAUGAGUUUGCUGUUGCCGGAACGGAUUUGGAUACAAAACUUGGAUCAAUUACAAAAUCCGGUGAUAAUAGUUCGUCAUGGACUAAUGAAAAAGAAUAA